AUGAUGCUAUUAUGUAUAUUAGCGGUUCUCGCUGCUUCGAUAUCGCCGACGUUAACGGCACCAGCACCAGAAACGACACGGACUUGUCGAAAGCUUCCAGGUGACAGUGAUUGGCCUAGUGAUGCUUCGUGGGACUCCUUAAAUCGUACAGUUGGUGGUCGAUUGAUUAAGGGUGUCCCUGUAGCCCAAUCGUGCUACGGCCCUCAGGCUGAUGAAAUAACCUGUUCGACACUCCAGAACAACUGGGGGCUGGUGAACCCUUUUCUAAGCGAUCCCGUCAAUGUCGUUUCCCCGUACUUCGGAAACAAUUCGUGCAACCCAUUCGUUGGCUUAGCCAAUAACAGUCUCUCAUCCUGUGAACUAGGGAAUAUGGCUUCAUACGCUAUCAACGUCUCGAACGCUGAGACAGCAGUGGCAGGCAUCAAGUUCGCUCGUGAAAAUAAUAUCCGCCUUGUUGUAAAGAACACGGGCCACGACUAUCUUGGUGGCUCUGCUGGAAAAGGAGCCCUUGCCUUGUGGACCCACAACCUCAAGGAGGUCACAAUCAUGACGAACUAUAGCAGUUCAGUCUACAGCGGUCCUGCCGUUAAGAUCGGCGCUGGUGUUCAAUUCGUGGACUUGUAUAACAUAACUGCCAAGAACGGACUGCGUGUUGUAGGAGGAAGCUGUCCCACGGUUGGUGCUGCCGGCGGUUGGCGACUAAACGGCGGCCACGGUCCUCUCGCCUCGUCCUACGGUCUUGGUGCAGACAACUCUCUAGAAUUUGAAGUUGUGACAGUCGACGGCAAGAAGCUUACAGCCUCUCCACAGGAGAACUCUGACCUCUACUGGGCUCUCAGCGGCGGCGGUGCUGGCACCUAUGCUGUUGUCAUCUCAGCCAUCGUCAAGGCGCACAAGGACGGACCGGUUGCAGGGUCUACGUUGACAUUCCCAAAUAUCUACGGCAACUCCUUUUGGGUUGCAGUUGAAGCCUGGAUGAAACAUCUCCUCGUGCUGGAUACCAUCCCAGGCUUCGCAUCCGAGGCACUUAUUACUAAAGAUACCUUCUCCAUCGUUAUAGCCACUUUACCCAACGGUACCGAGACCACUAUGAAAGAAGCCUUGGCUCCCUUCUAUCAGACUCUCUCACAACUCAACAUAACGGCAGUCAUCAAUGAGACAGCCGUACAAAAAAAUUACCUCGAGCAUUAUGAUACCUAUAUAGGGGAAGGCACCCCGUUCACGCGUAAUCUUACUGUUGGCGGGCGCCUGAUUCCCCGUUCUCUCGUUCAUGACACCAGUCGCCUGUCUCAACUGACAGAAACUUUCCGCGAUAUAGUGGCCUCUGAAAAUACGGUUCUCUAUCUUCUGGGCUACAAUGUUUCGAACAAGCGUGUAGGGCUUCCGACUGGGUUUAAUUCCGUUACACCUGCGUGGCGGGACUCACUCUUCUUGAUUAACAUUGCCACUCCUGCAAGCAACGACGCAGGAUGGUCCACGAUGAGCUCUGACAUGAGUCUAAUGAACAGAUGGCAAGAUAAAUUGCGGACAUUAACUCCGGGUGGAGGUGCUUAUAUAAAUGAGGGAACAUACAAUGACCCUCAGUGGAAGAUCGACUACUUUGGCGGCACUUAUGAUCGUCUAAGAACUAUCAAGAGAAAGUAUGACCCGGAAUUUGUGCUAUAUGUCCACCCGGGCGUAGGCAGCGAUGAGUACGAAGAGCAGCCGGAUGGACAUUUGUGUAAAGUGUAA